GGGGGAGGGGGAAGGAAAAGAACGGAUUUGCAAUGCUCCAGAACCAGCGCAGUACGCAAGCGCCCGGCCGAACGGCUGAUGUCUUGCUCAAACGGACUCGCACUGCGCAAGCGUUGUAUUUCAGACAAUGGAAAGGGGAGAUACGAUGGUUGCGGGGAAGUGUUCCUUUUUGGAAAUAUAACAUGUAGUUAAUCGUUACGGAUCCUGGGGUAGAGAGACAGAAAUUUUGUCCUUCCUGAGUCAGUGCUGAACAUCCUAUAUUUUCUAAGCUGUAACUGACGCACCCGACUGAAACGGUUGCGUUAAGUCUGGAAACUGAUGAAAUUUAUUUGUUGUGGUUGAAGGAACAGCGCCUGCUGAAUAUAUUAUUUCAUUUCAUAGCGAUAAGAACUACAAAUCCCAGAAUGAAGCGCGACGAACGCUUAUUAGACGUAAUCUAGAGUAACGGCGCAUUGCAUGCUGGGGGGCAUAGUAGCUUUUUGUGUCCACGGUGGAGACGUGGAUGUCACCCGCUUAAUGGCCGGCAGCCCCUCCUUUGAGCGGGACGCAAAAAGGACCGUUUCUUGGUUGUCUAGCAACAAACUUCCUCGUGAGAAGCUCUGAAACCUCGGUAUUCCUGGGAAUUGUAGUCUCUUUGCAUAGAGUGGUCCUAUUUUGUCUAGAGUCACUCGGGAACGGGUCGGACUACAGCGACCAAAAGCCACUGCAGAAAACUGAGAAAGCUUUACUUCGCACGCUUCCCCUCAUGGAUGGCAUGGAAGGAUACCCAGAGCCGGUGGCGGCGACGGAAAGAGCUGCGGCGGGUAGUCCGAGACCAAACAUUGCCCUCUGGGGCGGGUCGCAGAGUACAGUCAUGAGAGAGGCCGGAGGAGGGGAGUCCGACUUGGAGGAGUCCUUGGAGCGCUAUCAGCGAAGCCUCCAUGACCGUGCCAGUAAAAGCAUUGAUCAACUGAAAUAUGCCUUGGGUGAAAAAGACCUGACAAUGGGAGAUGGGGCAGCAACAUUUGACCAGUUAUUUCCUAAUAACUGCCAUGAUGAGAGUGAAGAUAGAGCUUGGCAGGAACUACAGCACAGCCAUGCAGUUAAUCAACUUAAAGCCUUAUUACGACAACAAGAAACAAAAGAGAGUGAAAUGUCCCCUUCGAGGAGGAGGAGAAUAUCACCCUCUGGAAAGCCUAAAAUGGCAGAUCAGAGUUUGCCCGCUCUUUGUGAUCUUGUUCCCAUCAUUAAUGAUCAGUCACAAUACAUUAACCACUUAGAGGCUGAAGUCAAAUUUUGCAAGGAAGAAAUGUCUGAACUGAAAGCUCGUAUCCAUGUGGUUGUACUUGAAAAUGAGAAGCUCCAUGAUCACCUGAAAAUGCUAACCGUGGAGCAUACUUUGAGAGAGCAAACUCUCUUGGAUGCUUCAGUAAAUCCUCAAAAUGCCAGUGUUGUAGGUGGCGAGUAUUCUGAUGUUUGUGAAGCUGCCAAAUCAUCUUCCCGUACCAAUGAACAGACUAUAGCAACUACAAUAGAAAAGGAAAAAUGGAACCUAGAAUUGGAAAAACUAAAACGUCUCUAUCAAGAAAAGACAGAAGCACUUGAAUCUCAGGUCCAGUCCAUAAGAAUGGAGUUAGCAGAAUCACAAAAAAACUGUGAAGACCUAAGUGGAAGAUUAAAGCAUCAGCAUUUGCUCAGUUCAGCAAGUAAUUCUAAUAAAGUUGGUGGCCUUUGCAUGAAAUGUGCACAACAUGAAGCUGUACUUUCCCAGACGCAUUCACAUGUCCACAUGCAAACCAUUGAAAGGCUCACAAAAGAGAGGGAUGAAUUAAUAGCAGCACUUUCUUCAGUAAGAACAAAUCUAUGUGAAAUGCAGCAAAGGGAAUGUAGUGCUUAUGAACAGGUGAAGCAAGCUGUACACAUGACGGAAGAAGCCAAUUUAGAAAGAACACAGGCUUUAGUUCAGUGUGAACAGCUUAAAAAUGAGAUGGAGAGACAGAGGCAUCGUCUUGAAAAGGAGUUAGCAGUUCAGCUAGAUAAGAGAGCUGGAGAGCGAGAAGCAGUUCGUGAAGAAAUGAAUAAAGAAAAAGAGAAGUUGUCAUCCUUGGUGAUGUCUUUAUCACAGAAUGUGGCUGCUCUGGAGACUCAGGUUGAUAGGGUUACAAGGGAGAAGGUCUCCUUAGCCAAUCAGCUAGAAGAAGCUCAAAAUCAAAAUGCUUCGCACGAUAUGGAGAUCAAUAAGGUGUGUGGGGAAAUACGUUAUCAGCUGAAUCAGACCAAAAUGAAGAAGGAUGAGGCAGAAAAGGAGCACAGAGAGUAUAGAACAAAAACUGUGAGGGAACUUGAAAUAAAAGACCAGGUAAUAGAAAAAUUACAAUUAGAGAUCAAUGAAAACAAACAGCGUUUGGAACAAGCACAGCAGGAUGCAGCAAGAGCUAAGGAUGAAUGUCUGAAACUAACAGAGCUGCUGGGUAAAGCUGAGCACCAACUGCAUCUCUCCAGGUUGGAAAAAGAGAACAUUCAGCAGAGCUUUAGCAAUGAGGCAAAGGCUCGAGUCCUUCAGGCCCAGCAGAGAGAGCAAGAGCUGACACAGAAGAUGCAGCAAAUGGAGGCCCAGCAUGAUAAAACUGUAAAUGAACUGGAUUCAUUGUUAAGCUCCCAGAACAUGUUCAUCUCAAAAAUAAAAGAAGAAUGUUGCAUGCUGGCAAAGAAACUAGAGCAUAUUACAGAAAAAUACAGGUCUGAAAUCAGCCAGCUUAGUCAGGAAAAUGAAUAUAUCCAUGACAGACUUGAAAAGAUGCAGAAAAGGAAUGAUGAAUUGGAGGAGCAGUGUAUCCAACAUGGAAGGAUGCAUGAGAAAAUGAAACUAAGGCAAAUGGUGCACUUAAACCGGCAUUCUCUGAAAUGUUGCACCAGCUUGACAAGCAUUGCCAGACCACUGCCCAGCAGCUGGUGGAGUUGCUCAACAAACAGAACCAAUUAUACAAGGAGAGGCAGAUGCUGACAGAAGAGCUAGACUUCCUACGGACACAGGUUGCCUAGUUAGUUUCAUAACCUUAUGAAAUUGAAGGAGAUAAUGCCAAAGACACCAAUGUCUUUAACCUGAUCAGUGAAGCCAUUCUGAAGGCUGGCAUAGAGAAAUAAAUCUACAUCUUUGGACUGGUCAUUUAUGCAUCCUCUGUCAAAAUCAAGAUGGUAGUGAGCUAUGUUGCCCAGCAAAUGACAUAUGUGAGGCAUCACAUGAUGCAGGUCAUUCUAUCUUGACCAGCUGUAAGACAGAAUUUUAAAAUAUCUGUGUGCCACCCAGAAAUGGAUCUGCAGAACUUUUACAAGGGCCAUAAAUUGAAAACAAAGAAAAGCAAAGUGAUAUAAAAAUGUGCAUUUCUGUACAACUCUACUAAGCUGGAAAGCUCAUGAAAAAGAAAACAGGUUCCAUUGUGAGGAACAGCCAAAUCGACAGACAAUAAAACAUGAUCUUUUUUCUGCAAACAUUCAUCUUCAUAUCACAUACAUUUUAAUGCAUACAUAAAAUGCAUUAUUAAAUUUUACAGAUUUUUAUGUAGACAAGAAGAUCUAACUAUAUGUGACUGAACAGCAAAAUACUUGGAACUGAGGUCAUUAAGCAUCCUCUGUCUAAGCUAAGUUCUUGUGAUAUGAUAGAACCGGAAGUGAAAAGUGAUACAAAUUGUUUGGUUACCUUUCCAAGUCCAGGGCAAAUGACUUGGUGAGGAAGACCAGAACUGUUCAGCUAUAUGAGGUAGCUUUUGCAGAGUUAGUAAGUCUGUAUAGACAGCAUUAUGAGAAGAAUGGAUGAAAUGUAUUAAUGCAGAAUGGAGAACUUAAGUAAAACAGACAAGCUUGGAUCUCACAACUAUUGGAGAGCAACAGUGAAGAUCCACAGAUGUACAUUCAUCCACACUAUGUGAAAGGAUACCUCUCACCCUUUCCGCAGAUGACAGUGAAGCUCUGAGGAAGAAAGUACUUAUUGAUCACUGACAAAAAUGUUGACAACACAGUGAAGUAACCUUACAAAGAUUGUUAUGUAAAAGCCAACUUCUCCCCUGCCCCCCACCCAAUGGACCAACACGGCUCUCUGAAUUUUGAAGAUGUACUAGCUCUGAUUUAAGCUGCAAAAAUGAUUAGGGACAGGAGACAGCUGAGCAUACUAACACUUUUAAUUGACAAUUUGAGAAUGGCUGUCAAAUUAUAUCUCCGCCCCAAGUACUACUUUCUGUUGUGAAUAUGAUUCUUUAUGAAGCAUGCAUCAACAAUUAUUUCACAGAUUUAUAUCCCACCCUUUGAAGCUAAGCUUCCACACGGUGCCAUCCACAACAAAGAAAACACAAUAAAAUUAAUGAUAGAAACUAUAGAAAAGAGCAGAGACAGUACAGUAAAAAUAUUAAAAUUCAGAAAGCCUCAGUUAAAUAUCUUGCAGAAAAGCAGAGUUGUCAAAGCUCACUGGAAAAUAGGAAGGAAAGAAUCACUAAAAAAAAAAAAAAGUUCUGUCCCUGGUACUCCUCAAUCAAACCUGAGAUAAUGGGCCAGAGAGCAAGUCUUGAUAUCUUGAUUUUAAGGCUCAGGCAGGAUCAUAUGGGCAUAGGUGGUCCUUAAGCUAACCAAGUCUCCAACUGUUCAGAACCUUUAAUGUUAAAACCAGCAUUAUUGCUCAGCCAGCUCUCACAUGAUCACAACCUUUUUAUUUUUCCAAGUGUUAAGUACAAUGGGACACCAGACCAUCAAAGCAUCUCCUUUGCCAGCAAAUUUCAGAGUUUCAGUAUAUGGCAAAAUGAAGUGUGGUAACAUUACAUUACCUGGGCCUCUCAAUCUCAUAUAUGCAUGUGCUGGAAAUAUCAUUUUCACUACUUCCAGUGUGCAAACCUUCAGUCUUUGGAGAGAGAAACUUAUUUGUCCAGCAAAGAAAUUUUGACAGUGGCAGCACGGGACAACGCUGAUCACAACCCAAGCAAGUGAAACAUCUGGAAGUUUCUUCAAUGACUAACACAUCUGUAUCACAGCAAGAAACUUCCCAAAUGUUAUGUAAUUGCGAGAUCAGUAGUGCUAGACACAAUUCACAUUCACUAAUAGAGUGUACCUGAGCUUCUUAUUACAUUUGAUGUAGUCAGACUAGCAUUGCUAAAACACAAAGAAGGUUCUCUGAGUGAUCAAUGACAGCAGAAUGUCUAAAGAAGGAUGGUGGAGUGGUGAGGGAAAGCAUGGCUUUAUUCAUGAUAAAAUUUUCAGAAAAGUUAUUUUGAUUUGAACUCUGCUCUUUCUCUAUAAAGAUAUUUCCUAUAUUACUGCAUAUUAUAUCCUGAUUUAGGAUGUUGAUUUUAAUUACUCCAAGGAUUCCUCUCCAGCCAAAAGGAUUUACAUGUAUAAAAAGAUUUUUGGUUUCCCAUUGUUUUACUAAGUUGAAGCUCUGUAUAUUAUGUAACUUGUUUAUGUAUUUUACUGUUUAUGUAGAAAUAUGACAUAUUACAUUAGAAUAAUUGUGUAAAAAUACAUAAACCUGCUUGUUCUACUCAA